UUGAAUUCUAAGCAUGUUUCUUGCAACCGUUGGAUUAAACUUAUCAUCUAACGGUUCAGAAGCUUGAUGAAAACUAGCUUUGGAUUCCAUUCUCUCUCUCCUCAUCUUUCUCUCCUCCUUUUUGUGACAAGAAUGCACUUCUUCUCUCCCCCAUUAUACUCCACCUUCUCUCCUGUAGUCAUUGCCCGGUAGGGUCGCCGUCAUUCCGAUUGUCGUGGUUCAGUUGUAGCUGUCUGGUUGUUUCCGCCACUAAGUCAUUGCCGCAGCUCCGAUUGUCACCGCAGCUCCGAUCGUCACCGCAGCUCCGAUUGUCGCCACCACUGUGUUGUCGCCACCUCUCUGGUUGUCGCUGUCCGGUUGUAGCAGAUCCGGUCAUCGCUGCCACUCCGGUUAUCAUCGUCGCCACCUCUCUGUUUGAUAUAUAGGAUGACGGAUAUCACCGAUGAAAUAUGCAAGGAUGACACUUUAAUAUUUGAGGAUAUGGAAAUAGAUCCAAAUGAGCUUGAGUUAUCUCAACAUCAAGAAGAUGGUGGUAGCCAACAACUUUUACAUGGACAAGAAUUGGCAAAGAGUCCACAGUCUCAAGAUGAACAGAAGUCGGAAAGAAUUCCAUUUGUUGGUAUGGAGUUCCAUGAUGAAGAGGAAGCAUAUCGAUUUUAUUUAGAUUAUGCAAAGUCUAGAGGGUUUGGGAUAAGAAGAGGACACAUGUAUCGUUUGUCUCAUUCUCAAUUAAUUACAUGCCGACACUUUGUUUGUGAUAAAGAAGGAAGCAAGUGUAUGAAAGACAAAAGGCAACAAGAGAAAAUUGUUCACAGACGCAAAGAUACAAGGACAAAUUGCCAAUCUCGAAUGGUGGUGUCAAAAAUGAAGAGUGGACUAUGGACUAUAAAAACCUUUGGUGAUGCACAUAACCAUGAUUUACUAACUAGUCCCUCUAAAGUGAUGAAGAUGCGGUCCCAUCACCAUAUUAGUGAUAUAUGUAAAAGUUUGAUGGAGGCAUUGCAUAAAAGUAGAGUGGGACCGAGCCAAAUGUCUCGAAUAUUGAAUGAAACACUUUCAGAUACGGGGUGUGCACAAAUUACUAGAGAAGAUUGCUCAAAUCAUUUAAGGGCAGUGCGAAGUAAUAAUAUUGGGCAAGAAUGCAUGGCUAUUGUAAAAUAUUUCAAGGAAAAAAAGCUCAAUGAUGAUUUUUUUUUCUUUGAUAUGGAACUUGAUGAGUUCGGCCAGACUAGAUCUGUUUUUUGGGCUGAUGGAAGAUGCAGAAUUGCAUAUUCAGAAUUUGGAGAUGUUGUUUUUGAUACCACUUAUCAAACGAAUAGAUUUUGCUUCCCCUUUGCUCCUUUUGUUGGGGUCAAUCAUCAUAAGCAAUCAAUUUUAUUUGGUUGUGCUCUAAUCGCAGAUGAAAAAGAAGAAAGUUUUUUAUGGGUGUUUGAAACGUGGAUGAAAUGUAUGCUAGGAAAACAUCCACAAACAAUUAUUACAGAUCAAGAUUUGGCUAUGGGGAAAGCUAUUGCAAAAGUUUUUCCAAAUUCUGGUCAUCGAUUGUGCUCAUGGCACAUUGGGAGAAAUUCGAUGAAGUAUUUAGUUGAUUUGAAGAGCAAAGAAGGCUUCCUGGGGGAUUACAACAGCUGGCUACACCGUAGUGCAUCAAUUGAAGCGUUUGAAAGUAAAUGGGGUGAACUUAAAGCAACAUACAAUAUUGAUGAUAAACAUUGGUUGAGUAAAAUGUAUGAAAUUCGACACAAAUGGGUUUUUCUAUAUUGGCAAAAUAUUUUCACAGCUGGAAUGACCUCUACACAACGCAGUGAAAGUAUUAACUCAUUUUUUGAUGGCUUUGUUAAUUCGCAAACUCCAUUGGAUGAGUUUGUUAUGCAGUAUGAUAAGGCAUUGUGUGCUCGACGAAAUGAUGAAGAAAAUGAAGAUUUCAAGACUUUAAACUCUAUGCCUAACUUUCAUACAGGUCAUCCAAUUGAGAGACAUGCAGGGGAAGUGUACACAAGAGCUGUGUUCAAUAUCUUCCAAGCAGAAUUACGAGAAAGUGAUAGUAUGCUAGCUGAACGCAUUCGUGAUGGGACUGAUCAUGCCAAAUAUAAAAUCUGCAAUCACAUUGUUAUAUUUAGGAGAGAUGACCUUGAAGAUGGGGAGCCUAUUGCUACAUGUUCUUGUAAGAAGUUCGAGACUGAGGGUGUGUUGUGUUGUCAUAUAUUGAAAAUAUUUAAAAAGAAGGAGGUUGCAAAGAUUCCCAAAAAUUAUAUUCUUCGUCGUUGGAGUAUGGUUGCAAGAAAUCGGUCAAAUGUUAUGAUGGUUGAUAUAAGUAACAAUGCUUUCACACCCUUGAUGAAGUGGAAUGCACAAAAUAUGUGUUUUCGUAUUGCACAGUCUAUAUCAUCCUUAGAGAUGUAUGAAAAAAUUAUGCCUAAGCUAAAUGACAUAUUCAAAAUUGUUGGUGAAUUUUCUUUCCCUGCAACCUCUGGUGGAGAUGAUGUUUGUGGGUCACACAUAAGUAUUCUCGAUCCAAAACGUGUUAAAAGUAAAGGUCGGCCGAAAGUGAAUACAAGGAUUAAAUCUGGAAUCGAUAUUCAAUUGUCAUUGCAGAAGAAAAGGACUUGCAGUAGAUGUGGGAGAAAGGGUCAUUACAUGUCUACAUGCACAUUCAGUCUGUCUUGAGCUGUAAGAAAUAAUCACUUGUUGAUACAGUUAUUCAGUCAAUUCUCAUUGCCCAUUGCUCUUUUGAAGAUUUUAAAGAAUAUUGUUUUGAUUUAGAACUAAUUUAGAACUGAUUUAAG